AAUGACUGGUUGUUUCUUCUUCUUCUUCUUUUUUUAAUUUUCAUUUGCAGAUGUAUAUUGUUUACUUUCGAAUAUUUUGUAUAUUUUCAUGUUUUUUAUCGUUUUAAUAAUUUUCAAUUAUUAGUUCAUUUUCAUAAUAUUUAUUAGAACUGAGAAAUAGUUCAACAUAUCGAGACAAAAUGUCAACUAGGGUGACAAGAAACUCCUCGCGAUUCAAAGGAAGUUGUGACGAAAGUACUAACAAAAACAAUACAGAAACAGAUACUGUCCCAAAAGUAUUACCUACCAAGUUGCCCAUCAUAGCACCCAAUGGAAAAAUAUUUUAUCCUUGCCAGUACUGUUCAAAAGUAUUCCAAAGAAAACUCACUGGAGUCAACCAUAUGAAAAAGUGUAAAAAUUCAAAUACCGAUCGUGGUACAAGUAAAUAUUUCAAUAAUAAAAUAUCUGAUAAUAUUGAAAAUAGACUGGAAAGAAGCCAUGCCAAUGAUGAUACCAAUGUAAAUUCAAGUUCAGCUGCAAGUGAAUAUUUCAGUAGUGAUACAUCUGAAAUGAUGGAAACCCAUAAUGUUAAUGAUAGACUGGAGAAAAAGCAUGCCAAUAAACUAACCACCAAUAAUAGUAAUAAGGACAAUAUGGAAACUGGGGUAACUGAAAAUAAUAGCAACUUCUCAGAAAAUAACAAUGAAAACCCAAACUUGAAAAUAUUUCAAGAUAUAACGUUGGAAACCCCAAAGGACUCUACGGUAGACAUGAACAGUAAACAACCAAGCAAGCCAAAUGAUAUUUCUAUAUAUGAUUACAAUGAAGAUGGGAUAUCAUUUUCAGAAGUGGACAAAACUGAUAGUGAUAAAAAAUGCAAACAGUGCCACAAAUUUUUUGAGAAUCCUCUUGAUCUUCUUCGUCAUUCUAGAACCUGUCGUAAUAUUCCAAUAAAAAUUCUCCCACCAGAAGAGGUGGAGAAGUAUUUUGAUUCUCCAAACAGAAACUUCUGUCCUAUCUGUGAAAAACCAAUCAAAACUAAAAACUUUAGGUCUAUUUUUAUUAAACAUUUACUGGUACAUACGGUAGGAUUAUCGCAUGAAUGUAACAUUUGUAAAAAGAAGUUUAAAAGGAGGGAUCAUAUGAAAGCUCAUCACAAAAGACAUAUUGUGUGCUUUUGAUUAGCCCCUUUGCAUUUUAUAUGGUUUUCACUAUAGUACCUAGUAUGCUAUUUGUAUAAAAGUGUUUUUCCUACAUAUCUCACUUGAGGUGUAGCCUGUGAGAAGUAAUGUUUUUGGGCGAUGUGAAGCAUAGAAAUUGGCGGUCACUACACACUCAUGUACAGGCCUCAGUAAUGGAAUAGUGUUUGAGCAUAACAAUUUUUUGUGAUAUUUUUGACAAAUUUUCAAAUGUUUACUCAGAACGCUCUAGGUGAAGUUUCUCAAGAUGCUGCAGCAGAGCAGUCACUCAGGUCGCAUAUCAUGUCCUUAACAACAAAUUACAUUCACUUUCCGUAAUGCAGAAAAUAUAUAGUUCACUUAUGAAAAUCACAAGGCCCAGAGUAAUUGAAUCAUGUUCUGUUUUGAGAUCAGAAUACAUAUGAAAUAAUGGCUGAUUCAUACAUCAAACUUUUAUUGUAAUAAUAAGGAUUAAAAAGACUUAAAUUAUUAUUUAUUUGUUGAUGUCACUUAUACUUCACAUUUCAUAGCAAAACGCCAAUAUAAACAAAGAACAGUUAUUUACAAAUGAUAUUGGAUAAUAGUUAUAAAGUGAAAGUAUAUGACUUCUAUUGAUUUACAUUGUGACAACUUUCCUGAAGUUUAGUGGAUGAAUCAGCCAUAAAACAAUGUUUAAUUUAGUUGUGUUAUGGAAAUCAAUAGUGCAACAACUGAUAUAUGCUGGAAUAUGAAGUACAAAGAAACUAAAUAUGUUCUUUUUUACACCAUUUCGAUCCAUUUGUAGUUUGCUGACUGAAAAGUUAUGACUUCAGUUGAAAGUAAAAGCUGUGACUUAAUGUUGAAUAGUAAACUUUUAAUAAAAUAUUGUUACAUUGUUGUGGAAAUAUAAGUAACCAUAUUUUUAGUAAUUUCUUCAUCUCGAUGUUUGAAGGUUUCACAUAACAUAAAUUGUAGUACUGUUGAAAUAUAAUUUGAUAAUGAAUGAAUGAAAUAAUAUUUUAGGACAAUAUUAAUCUAUUCAGUGUAUUUGUUUUAGUUUCUUUCAAUGAAUUGAAAGUGUGUGCAGACAUUUGUUACAGUAAGAAGACCGUACUUUUUUUAUUUAUUCCAACAAUAUAGGAAUAUCGUCAAAUGUAAUGUUUGUAAAGUAAUCCAUAUGUAAUGUUUGUAAAAAUUUGUUUAGUUAUAUAAUUUAUCCUUUGGAAAUAUUGUUCCAUACAUACAAGCCUGUGCCUUAAAUUUUAAUGUUGAGAAUGGUUAGUUGAUUUUCUGUAUGUAUUUAAUGAGCAUUUUUUGAAAAAGAGUCUACCUGGCAAAUGAAAUUUUAGUUAUUUCAGAAGAACUAUGUUUGGAUUAGGCUUAGCCUGUUUCUGAAGUAUUUGUAUUUCACAUUUGAUUAUGUGAAUCAAAUCAUGUAAAUCAAAUAUGUUCUUCAAUAUUGCUAUCGACCGCUUUUCAGAAAGGACUCAUCUUUGUUGAAAUUUACUGUAGGUUAAGUAUUUUGAGUACAUGAGUACAAGUAUGUAUGUACUUCCGUUUAUAUUUUUGACGAAGAGCUAAUAUAUUUUUCAGUUUUCUCCAUUAAUCGAA